AAAUAAGAAAUAUUAGAUUACAUAGAGUUGACGAAUGAGAUGGGUUAAUUAACAAUUCACAGAUGAAAAAAUGGCAAAAAAGAAAGCAUUCACUCCUCUUUUAUAUCUUGUUUCUAUCGUAUUUUUACCCUGGUGGAUUUCUCUCUUAUUUCAAAAAAGUCUAGAAUCGUGGGUUACUAAUUGGUGGAAUACUAGGCAAUCCGAAACUUUAUUGAAUGAUAUUGAAGAAAAGAGUAUUCUAGAAAAAUUCAUAGAAUUAGAGGAACUCCUCUUCUUAGAGGAAAUGAUCAAGGAAUACUCGGAGACACAUCUACAAAACCUUCGUAUAGGAAUUCACAAAGAAACAAUCCAAUUAAUCAAGAUACAAAACGAGGGUCGUAUUCAUACGAUUUUGCACUUCUCGACAAAUAUAAUCUGUUUCAUUAUUCUAAGUGGUUAUUCUAUUUUGGGUAAUAAAGAACUUGUUAUUCUUAACUCUUGGGCCCAGGAAUUCCUAUAUAACUUAAGUGACACAAUAAAAGCUUUUUCUCUUCUUUUAUUAACUGAUUUAUGUAUCGGAUUUCAUUCGCCCCAUGGUUGGGAAUUGAUGAUUGGCUUUGUCUACAAGGAUUUUGGAUUUGUUCAUAAUGAUCAAAUUAUAUCUGGCCUUGUUUCCACUUUUCCAGUCAUUCUAGAUACAAUUUUAAAAUAUUGGAUUUUCCGUUAUUUAAAUCGUGUAUCUCCGUCACUUGUAGUGAUUUAUCAUUCAAUGAAUGACUGAAAAAUGUCUACCUAAUCCAAUUAUAAUGUUUCUUACUUUGCAGUUGUACCAUUGAAAAUCCCUUUCUAUUUCUACCCAUCCCGGAGAUUCAUCCUAUAUUCCUAUAGAUUAAUCGAGUCAAAUUAUUCCAGUAAAUAACAGAAUCGUGGAUAGGAAACUCCAUUAGUGACCUACCCCAAUUUAUUGUAGAAAUUUUCGGGAUCAAUGAUUGGACCAUGCAAACUAGAAAUACUUUUUCUUGGAUAAAGGAACAGAUUACUCGAUCUAUUUCCGCAUCGCUCAUGAUAUAUAUAAUAACUCGUACAUCCAUUUCAAAUGCAUAUCCCAUUUUUGCACAGCAGGGUUAUGAAAAUCCACGAGAAGCGACUGGGCGUAUUGUAUGCGCCAAUUGCCAUUUAGCUAAUAAACCAGUGGAUAUUGAGGUUCCGCAAGCGGUACUUCCCGAUACUGUAUUUGAAGCAGUUGUUCGAAUUCCUUAUGAUACGCAACUGAAACAAGUUCUUGCUAAUGGUAAAAAGGGAGGUUUGAAUGUGGGGGCUGUUCUUAUUUUACCAGAGGGUUUUGAAUUAGCCCCUCCCGAUCGUAUUUCCCCCGAGAUAAAAGAAAAGAUGGGUAAUUUGUCUUUUCAGAGCUAUCGCCCCAAUCAAAAAAAUAUUCUUGUCAUAGGCCCUGUUCCUGGUCAGAAAUAUAGUGAAAUCACCUUUCCUAUUCUUUCCCCGGACCCCGCUACUAAGAAAGACAUUCACUUCUUAAAAUAUCCUAUAUACGUAGGUGGAAACAGGGGAAGGGGCCAGAUUUAUCCUGACGGGAGCAAAAGUAACAAUACAGUUUAUAAUGCUACAGCAUCAGGUAUAGUAAGCAAAAUCCUACGAAAAGAAAAGGGGGGAUACGAAAUAACCAUAGCGGAUGCGUCGGAUGGACGUCAAGUGGUUGAUAUUAUCCCUCCGGGGCCAGAACUUCUUGUUUCAGAAGGCGAAUCUAUCAAAUUGGAUCAACCGUUGACAAGUAAUCCUAAUGUAGGCGGAUUUGGUCAGGGAGAUGCAGAAAUAGUACUUCAAGAUCCAUUACGUGUACAAGGCCUUUUGUUCUUCUUCGCAGCUGUUAUUUUGGCACAAAUAUUUUUGGUUCUUAAAAAGAAACAGUUCGAGAAAGUUCAAUUGUCCGAAAUGAAUUUCUAAACUCGCGAAUUUAUCGACAUCAAGUUUGUAAAAAGAACCAAAUUCUUUUUAGUAAUUAUGAUAUAAAAAAUGAAAUUAUAAAAGCCUUUUUUGUUUAUACUCGUUUUCUACGAGAUGCCGGUGAUUUCUUGUACCAUAUUUCUAGCCAUAGUAUGUAGAUUGUGAAGAAGACUAUUUGACUUGACCCCUUCUUUCUUUGUCUUUUUUUUUUUUUUUUUUUUUAUCAAAAUUGGGGUGAUGUUAUUAUAUUACUAUUGUGAGAUUGAAAUGUCAUAAAAUGCAUUUGAUUCUAAUACAAUUCACUUUGGCUAGAUCCUAUCCAAAAGUAAAUGCGAAAUAGAACGGAUCAAUAUAAAUGAAGGGAGCACGUAUUUCUGGGAGGGGUUAUUUGUCUUCCUAGUCUUCGACACAAGAAAAGGAUUUUUCACACCCUUUUCUUGUGUCGAAAUAAUUAUGAUUCUUUAUACUGUUCGUCAAACAUUCCUAGUGUUAGUUUUGAUUUUUUACAGACGUAUCAGAACGUUUUUUAGAGUUAUUACAUAUUUUAUUUCUUAUUUUAUUA